CUGAGCGCUCGACAGCUGGACGAAACCACAUCUUCCUACGAGUGGUUCAGCUCAGUAUUCGAGGGACGGAACCCUGUGCUAUCGGACACAGCACCCGAGAUGUAUCGAGCGAACCUUUACUUCCACCCGCACCCACAUUAUCCCAAGAACUCCACGGUCCCGGGAGCAUAUCCUUCCUCCGUCGUCAAGGGCCACAACAGUACCGAGUUCACUCGCACCAUUCAGCUCACCGUAGACAAAUCUUCGGCACCAAUUGGUCGGAGUAGUAGGAACGAGGCCAAAGGACUCUUCGCGGCUGCCAACAACGGCUUCUUCGAGAGUCCCGUCAUGAGCAGGGCGCACGCCGAGGUCCGUAUGGUUUUGGAACCCCACCGCAAGAUCAUCAUCCAAGAUACAAAAUCGAUGCACGGGACUUUCGUCAAUGGGCUACAGCUCCACCCGAACGAGACCGCCGAACUUCAGCAGGGUACAGAGGUCACAUUCGGAGCUGAGGUCACUAGAGGUGAUGAGGUCUAUCCUGCGAAGACCUUUCGCUGCGAAGUUGAGUGGGAACGUCUGAGGUCACCCAGUCCUCGUCCUUCGGAGAACAAAACACGUGGUGGCUACGGAGUGACUACCCAGGAGUUGGAGUAUGAGAGCAAUGAGGAAGAUGAAGAGGACGAUGAGUUCGACGUGGAAGAGAUGGACGAGCACUCGGAGGACGACGAGCACAUGUCCGACAGUUCAGCCCGCGCCUCUUCCCCGGCAGCUUCUGUUCCCCAGUCACCACCUCGUGAAAGGUCGAAGGUCACUCCCGACAAUAUCACGGCGUAUUUCCGUGGUGACGAUCUUCCCGAGAGCCACGAGAGGUCUACCAAAGAAUCUUUCAAGCAUCUGCAUGACGUGGUACGUGAGAGGUACGGUCUCAAAGCUAGGAAGCUCAGGGAGCUGAUCGAUCGUGAGUUCGAGGCGUCGGCGGAACUUGCCGAAAAAGACGACUGCCCUCCCCUGCGGACAUCAACCAUUCAUAGCCUCGUGAAUAACACUCAUACCGAGAGCACUAGCAAGUCAAUCAGGGUUAUUGAUCUUGUUGAAGACGAUGAAGAUGCAGGCGCUGUCGAGGACAUUGAGCCGGCUACCUUCCACUCUUCAAAGGCGUAUACGGAGAAGUUUGACAGUCGGAGUCUCGGGUCGGUCGAAGUUGUCGAGAGUAUGUCUGAUGCUGAGGAAGACGAGGAUGAGGAAGACGACGAGCAAAUGCUUCCGGAAUCAGAUGACGAUGAUGAUGAUCAUGUCUCUAUGGAUGAAGAGGAAGACGUUAAGAUCAAGGAUGAUGAGAUUAAUGCCUCCAUCCAGGAAUCCUCAAUCGCCCCCGAGAAUAAAACUAUUUCCAAGAUCACCGAAGAUAUCGCUACGUCCGAACCUUCAUCGCCUCCCGAUGUCAUGAGUUCCAAAGCCCCGAAUAUGUGGCCAACCUCGGAACGUAUGGGCUCGUUUAUUCCAGUCCGUGAAGCCGUUUCUGUGCUUCCCCCCAUUGGAAGGUUAGAUAGCAUCCCGCUCAUCCAGCAACAUCAACCCCCUCAGCAAGCACUAGUACCGCCCCCACCAGCUCCAUUUCCACCAGCACCACAAGUUCCCGCCACACACGGACGCUGGGUUCCCAACAACCAUAUGGACAAACGCGAGUUCUUCGAAUCGAGAGCAAAGAACUUCGCAAGGGUAAACGCAGAGCAACCCCACGCCAUCGACUCGUUUUAUAUCCCUCAGUGGGCUGGCAUCGCCGAUUUCUCCCAACCACACGAUAAAUCUGAUAUGAUCAAGAAUACUCCUCACAUCUUGGGGUCUUUCUUGCAUGAUAAGCUCGCCGAAGAGAUGGAAAAGGGCAUCACUCAAGAAGCGACGGGCGCUAAAUCCUCGGUCACUGCCGCCGCUGUCGACGACCUGGAGAUGGACGAGGACUGCGAUCUCGAUGAAGAGUCGUCUCUCGAGAUGGGAGAUUUUUACGAAGCGAGCAGCGACGAGGAAGAGUACACAAAGGACGAGAUCGACGAGAUGUUUGGGGUCCCAAAUACGCCAACUAGGAAGGAAACCUCGAAGGGAAUUAAAGCCGGUUACAGCAAGUUUUCGAUCGAAGACAUGAUGAACCACGAGUCGCCGAAGGGAAAGGCCGGAACCCCGACACCAACCCCGAUCCCUGCGAGUCCGCCACGAAAGGAACGACCUAGAUUUUCGUGUGGAUACACAAGGAGGAAGAAUGCAUCCCCAGUUUCGGAUAUCCCCUACAUCCUCAACAACACGCCUCCGCCUAGCCUUAAGCGCAAGCGUGCGAACACUGAAAGCUCCAUGCCCGAAAUCCCGCCGGCGCCAGUAUUCGAGCAGACACUGCCCGAUGCGCCCGAAGUUGGUGUGGGCAAGGUCGCCUAUCCCUCGCUGUCGGCUGAUCAGGGCGCAGUUGGGGAGGAGGUCGAGGCGGAGGUCGAGGCGGCGGCAGAGGUCGAGGCGGAUGUGGCUGUGGAAGAGGUUGAGGAGCGUCCCUCGAAGAGAGUCAAGUCAGAGAGGCACGGUAUGAGCUACACGGGCUUAGCGGCGGCCACCAUGGCCGGAUUUGUCAUGGGAGGCGUUGGAAUGUUUGCCGCGCUUGUCGCUUCCGCCCAGUAAAAAAGGCAGCACAAGUACAACGUUUUUGUGUGUCCAAUACUCCAGUCAUGUCGGGUUUCCUUCCAUCUCCGCCGUUAAUCAUGCUAUUUUUUCUUUCUGCUCGUCGUUUUUUCUUUCUUUCAAUUUUUAUUCUUUGUUCUGCCACUUACAGGUGUACAUUUUUUAUGGUCUGGCGCCCUGGGGAAGGUAUUCGGAGGAUGUGGGAUGUUCUGGGUUCGGUUGAUACGCCGUGGAUGGAAGGCGUGGUUGGCAGGCU